GGCCCAUCUCAGCCCGUCGCUUACAAUGACGUAACUAUAAAUAUAUAUAUAUUUUUUUUGUUUUUUAUUAUUAGAAAGAGGCGCCAGAAAUUUAUUCGGAGUAUAAAUUUGCUUUCUUCCGCUUGAUUGUUCGAUCAUCACUCAAAACGGCGGCGUCACUCAGUAGAUCGUGAAACCAUUCGUUGUGCAGAUUUGAUUGUGGCAUGGGAGGAGGAGGAUGAUGAUGAGGUAAAAAAAUAGCGGUAGAGAGGAUGGAUGAUAGAGAAGGCUCGUUCGUAGCCGUGAGGCGGAUUUCUCAGGGUCUCGAACGUGGAACCCUUUACAGUUCCUCCUCUUCUCCUGAGGGUGUACCUGGAUCAGCAGCUUGGUUAGGCCGUGGUCUUUCUUGCGUCUGUGCUCAGCGAAGAGACAGUGAUGCACAUUCUACCUUUGAUCUCUCACCUCCUCUGGAGGAAUGCUUGCAGAGGUUGCAGAACCGUAUUGAUGUACCUUAUCACACCACAAUACCUCUGCAUCAGCUCUGAGCCUUUCCUGAAGAAGAGCUUCAUGGGUUGGUAUCUGAGCAGUGGAAAGAGAUGGGUUGGCAGGGCAAAGAUCCGUCUACAGACUUUAGGGGUGGUGGUUUCAUAUCUCUUGAAAACUUGCUCUACUUCGCUAGAAACUUUCAGUGGGGCUUGUUUCACGGUUUCCUCGCCUAGUUUUAAAACAACGCAUGUCCAUAUGCUGCAGAAAACCUUCCAGGACCUUUUGAGAAAGCAGGUUGGGGAAAGGUCCGUAUGGGAAUAUCCCUUUGCUGUUGCUGGUAUCAAUAUAACAUUCAUGCUCAUUCAAAUGCUUGACCUUGAAGCAGUAAAACCUCGAACAAUUGUUGGGGCAACUUUUCUCAAGUUCCUUUCUGAGAACGAAUCAGCCUUUGACAUUCUUUAUUGCAUUGCAUUCAAGCUAAUGGAUCAGCAGUGGCUUUCAAUGCGUGCCUCAUACAUGGAAUUCAACACGGUGAUGAAAUCAACAAGGAGACAGCUGGAGAGAGAGCUGAUGCUGGAAGAUAUAACGCAUCUUGAAGACUUGCCCUCCUACGCUCUUCUCUCUCAAUAGUGUGUGGAGGGGAGGUUGGGAAUAUGAAUCUCAAAUUGGUUGUGGUUAAAAGGGAGUGUGUAGUUAGAAAAAAAAAUAAUGGGUUUGUUUCCUAACAAGGUUGAGGUUUUUUAGUAACUGUUUGUUAAUUGAUGUGUGGUGGUAAUAAAACAUUUGGUUUAUC